AUUUGAUAUCAGACUCGCAAGUUCACGUUGGGUGCGCUUCCGGAGAAAACCGGGUCCAUGCCGGGACGACCGAAUACCGGCGGCAACCGGUGCCCCUCUCCGUCCUCGUCGCGGGCACGGCUGACCGCGGUCUCGCUCCUCCGCCCCGCCGCAUUUCUCGCCGCCCUGUUUCCUGCUCCCCUCCUCCGCUUCCGCUACCCUGCAUGCCCAGAAACUCCGGCAUCGACCGCUCCUCCUCCUCGAAGCCUCGGCCGUGCCCCAACUGACCGCAAUGGCGGAGGCGCUGCUGCUAGCGUGCCACCUCGCCCUCUCUUUCGCCCUCCUCGCCGCCUCCCUCUCCCACCUCCUCGUCGUCGCCGUCUCCCACCUCUCACCUUCCUCCAUCCACCACCACCGCCUCAUCCGGCUGCUCCGCCACCCGCUCAUCCACCUCCUCCCGCCGCUCCUCGCGCUCCCCUUUGCCUUCCUCCCGCUCGCCUCCACGCCGCUGCUGCCGCUCCUCCUCCUCCCUCCGCUGCUCCCGCUCCUCCCGCUCCCGUUCCUCCCUCCUCCCCACCUCCCGCUGCUCCGCGCGCUCCUCCUCUCCCUGCCGCUCCUCCUGCUCGCGCGCGCGGCCGACCUCCUCGCCGCCUCGUUCCCGGCCUCGGACCUCCAGGCGCACGCGCUCGCCGUCGCGCGCCUUCUCCUCCUCGCCGCGGCGGCGGCUUCCCUCGCCUCGUCGCUCUCCGCCUCGGCGCCCAGGGGCACGACGGCGGCCGGCGCCCACUUCGUCGCCGAGGCGGCGCUCGCCUGCGCGGGCGCCGUGGGCGGGCUCUGGGCGGCGCAGAGCGGGCUCAGCCUCUACGUCGACGCUUGCGUGCCCGCGGGGUGCCACCGCCUCCUGGACGCCGGCGGCGCCACGGCGCCGGCCACGCGGUGCGACGUCGAGGAGGCUAGGCUCAGGGCCGUCGCCGUCAUGGAUCUCGCCCUGUCCGUGCACUGCAUCGUCGUGGCUGCCGUCGUGGCCGGGGUGCUCCUCGGGGUGGCGAGGUGCUUCGGGAUUGACAGCAGUGCUGGUGCGGGGAGGAGGCAUAAUGGAUCCUCCUAUGAUGCAUUGCCCACAGUGGCGUCUGCUGGGGCAAUGGCGGAGAUGGAGCAUUUGCAGGGGAAGGGUGUUGUUGGCAAGAGCGUGGCGCAGGAGUGAAAUAUGUGCAAUGUAUUGGAUUAACUAGGUACAUUUCGAAUGACUCAAGUAUAUGUCCAGAUGUGAACCCCUGAAAUGUUUGGCCAGUCCAAAUGGUGGCAGAAUUUGUUCCGUGGAACACUGAUCUUUAGUUGCAAUGAGAGGUACUAGUCGCUGCUGCUGCAGACAAAUUGCAUUGUUGAUUGGCCGUUGGAGCCCAAUCUAUGGCUGGACCAUUGUUGUAGGUUGCUUUACUGAUCUCAAUGCUUUGUUUAUGUCUACAAUUUGGUAUUUGGUAGUUCUGUCUACUUCAGGGGAAUUUAUUUUUUGUU